AUGGCUUACAGAACUGAAAACCAGAAUUACGAGGAGAGACUAAAGGCGUUAAACAUGCUAAAACUAUUAGGUAGAAGAGUGUGUCAGCCUGAGAGUAUAUGUACCACCAAGCAAGGCACCUGCACAACAUCGCAGUGUUCAGCUGAUGAGCUGGAGAUCCCACAAGGCUGUACAGGCAUUGGGUGUAGGUGCUGUGCCCCUAAAGGUCCAGUCUGUCAACGACAAAGUUUAUGUACCACCAAGAAAGGUAUUUGCAAAACAUCGCAGUGUUCAGCUGAUGAGCUGGAGGUCACACAAGGCUGUACAGGCAACGGGUGUAGAUGCUGCGCCCCUAAAGUGUGUCAGCCAGAGAGUACAUGUACCACCAAGAAAGGCACCUGCAGGACAUCGCAAUGUUCAGCUGAUGAGCUGGAGAUCCCGCAAGGGUGUACAGGCGACGGGUGUAGGUGCUGCGCCCCGAAAGGUCCAGUCUGUCAACAACAAAGUUUAUGUACCACCAAGAAAGGUAUUUGCAAAACAUCGCAAUGUUCAGCUGAUGAGCUGGAGAUCCCACAAGGCUGUACAGGCGACGGGUGUAGGUGCUGCACCCCUAAAGGUCCAGUUUGUAAACAAGAAAGUACAUGUACUGCCAAGAAAGGCACCUGCACAACAUCACAGUGUUCAGCAAGUGAGCUGGAGAUCCCACAAGGCUGUACAGGCGACGGGUGUAGGUGCUGCACCCCUAAAGUGUGUCAGCCAGAGAGUAUAUGUACCACCAAGAAAGGCACCUGCAGGACAUCGCAGUGUUCAGCUGAUGAGCUGGAAGUCCCACAAGGCUGUACAGGCGACGGGUGUAGGUGCUGCGCCCCUAAAGGUCCAGUUUGUAAACCACAAAGUACAUGUACCGCCAAGAAAGGCACCUGCACAACAUCACAGUGUUCAGCAGAUGAGCUGGAGAUCCCACAAGGCUGUACAGGCGAUGGAUGUAGGUGCUGCGCCCCUAAAGGUCCAGUAUGUCAACAACAAAGUUUAUGUACCACCAAGAAAGGUAUUUGCAAAACAGCGCAGUGUUCAGCUGAUGAGCUGGAGAUCCCACAAGGAUGUACAGGCGACGGGUGUAGGUGUUGCACACCAAAAGUCUGUCAGCCAGAGAGUACAUGUACCACCAAGAAAGGGACCUGCACAACAUCACAGUGUUCAGCAGAUGAGCUGGAGAUUCCACAAGGCUGUACAGGUGACGGGUGUAGGUGCUGCGCCCCUAAAGGUCUAGUUUGUAAACAACAAAGUAUAUGUACUGUCAAGAAGGGUAUUUGCAAAACAUCGCAGUGUUCAUCUGACGAGUUAGAGAUAUCACAAGGCUGCACAGGCAACGGGUGUAGGUGCUGCACCCAUAAAAGUCAAGUGUGUCGGCCAUUGAUUAAAUGUACCAGCAAGAAAGGCACUUGCACAACAUCACAGUGUUUACCUGUAGAGCUGGAGAUCCCACACGGCUGUUCAGGUGACGGGUGUAGGUGCUGCGCCCCUAAAGAAAUCAUCGAUACUCUAUCAACUGAUUCAGGUAAUACGGAGGACUGUCACCCGGAAGAUAUAUGCAAAACACUGAACGGAGUCUGCACAACAUCGCAGUGUUUAGCUGAUGAAAUAGGUAUUCCACAGGGCUGUUCAGGAGGAGGAUGUUUGUGUUGCGUCCAAGCUAUAAGAACUUCUUUAAGUGUGCAUAGUAGACUUCACAAUGAGGUUGUCGAAGUUGUUAAUAGCAAUGGAUAUGAUUCCUCUAAUGAAAUGUUCUAA